AAAUUGGUUAUGUAAUCGGGGCGAAAUUAAUAAUAAAUCGACGUCGGUAAGUUAGGAAUUUCCCCAAUAAACAUUAAAAUAAAAAUAAAUAAUUACUCAACGCUUAAUUAAUUAAUCCCAUAUUCAAAAUGAUUUUAUAAAAGUCACACCCAACGCGUAAACAUGUAACGAUUAAAAAAAACACCUGAUUUAUUUUUAAAAUUCCCGUUCUAAUUUCACUGGGUUGGUUACCUACUAUUUUUGACAUAUCCGCGUGUUAUUCAGCAAUUAUCGUAACUGAUUGUUAUUUCCAUCAAGUUUUUUAAAGUGUUGUAUCCCCGUUUAUCACCACUAAAUCCGCCCGCAUUAAUUUCGGCCCUCAUACGCCUCGUGAAUACUAACAUUAUGAGUUGAAAAAUGUACAUCGAAACACAAUAACACCAAUAACGAAAUGGUAGUACCAACAGCGGGCAAUAUGAGUGCGAAGGCUGUGUUGAUCUGUCGCCCCAAUUCACAUCCGUUCCAAGAUCGUACUUUAUGUUUGGAUCAACCUGUGAAGGUGGGACGAUCUGUAGCUAGGGCGAAAGCAACUCAGACAAACGCUAUUUUCGAUUGUAAAGUAUUGUCAAGACAUCAUGCUGUUUUAUGGUAUUCCUGUGGAAAGUUUUAUUUACAAGAUACAAAAAGCAGUAAUGGAACGUUUGUAAAUAAUAAUCGAUUAUCUUCAAAAGAUUCUGAAUCACAAGAGGUUAGUUCUGGCGAUAUUGUACAAUUUGGAGUGGAUGUUGUAGAAAAUAGCAAUCGUAAGGUAACCCAUGGGUGUAUUAUAGCCGCUUUAAAGCUUUAUUUGCCAGAUGGAAAAGAAGCUAAAGCCAGCCCUAGUUUAGUUGAUAACAAUAGACAAGGAACCGUACCUUUAGAAGACCUUUAUGAACUAAAUCAAAUAAUACAAGAGGCGUCACAGCGAGAACAAUGCCUCGAAACGAAAUUACUCGCCUUACAACAUAUCGUAGACGAAGCCCGGAGAUCGGCCGACGAAAGUUGGCGCGUUUAUAUCGGAGAAGAACGGUUAUUAUCGCGCGUGGCAGCUUUAGAGGAACAAUUAAGUCAAGUUGGGAAGAAUUCUGGGGGAGAUCGCGUUAAAGAAGAGCUACAAAAGAUUUAUGAAGAUAAAAUGGCAUAUCAAGAAGCGGCGAAAGAAUCGAUUUCGAAACUUUUAGCCGAUCAACUUAAUAUUUUGUGUACCGAGGCGGAACAUCAAAGAGCUCGAGCCACAGCCGAACAAGAAUCGAUGUUAGCUAGAGAAAAUUUGGAGAAAGUACAAAAAGAAUUUCAGUUGUUUACACAAAAUAUGUCUGAAGAUCGUAAAAAGCGGGAGGAAGAAAUUUUGAGUAAAGAACAAAAAAUCCAAUCGUUAACGACGGCUUUGUUCGAGGAGAAAAAGAAACUGGACGAUUUGGAAAUGAUUUUAGCCACUAAAGAAUUGAGGAAAAGCGGGGUGUUAAUUGAAAACGACGAUUUAAAAAUGAAAGAGGAUUUGAUUGAUAAUUGUGAAAAUGAAAACGAAAACACCGAUUCUGGGAUUUAUCGAACGAAUGGGGUUGAUGAACCCGAACAAAACCACAUCAACAAAACAUAUGCGAACGAUGAGGGUGAAGUAAAAGUUCAUUUCGAAGAGAAAUUACCGGAAUCGGAAAAUACAAUGAUGGAGUGGGAUACCCACGAAGAUUUAAGCAACGCUUCCGAUGAAACAGAGGCCUCUUUUGUAACCCUAAUCAGUGCUGGUUCUUCCGAUGACCAAGAUUCAAUUGAUUACGAUAAAGAUUUAAUGAGACAAGAUAGCGGCACAACGGCCGAUGUGGAUGUUGACGAAGAAGAAGAAGAAAUCGAAGACGAUUUUAAUAACGAUAACGAAGAAACCGCGUGGGAAAAAGAACGAUUCAAAAACGUUUACUCAAAAACUUUAAAAUAUCAGUUUCAAACCGCCCAAAACGAAUUGAAAAAACAAAUUGAAAAUUUAGAACAAUUAUUGGUUAAAAAUAAAUUUAAAAUAACUUCGCUCGAAGAAGAAUUAAAAGCGGAAAAAAUGAUUUGUCUCGGAAAAUCGAACGAAAUGGAUGAGUUGAAAGUAACGCUUAGUGUUAAUAUGGAAAAAUUGAAAGAGGCUUGUAAUGAAUCGCAACAAUUAAAGGAUAAGUUAAACGUUGUUUGUGAAGAAUUAAAAAGUAAAGAGGAAAUGAAUUUAGAAACGAAAUUGGAGAAGAAAUCAGAAAAUAAUUUAGAAAAAAGAUCUAAUGACUAUUCGAAAACGAUUGAGCAUGUAUUGUGUUUAGAAGAGGAAUUGGUGAAAUUAAAAGAGAAAUUUGCAGAUGUUAAUGAAGAAAAAUUGGUUUUAAAUAAAGAAAUUAAAGAACUAAGAGAACGAUAUAAAGCAGAAUGCGAUCGUUCCCAAAACACGGUGUUUUUCUAUGUAGCCCCAUUGGUGCUGAUAUUGAUUUAUAUGCUAGUAAGUUCAUUGUUCUCUUGAUUGCCCCCCGAGGUACCGAUUAUAUUAUUUAUCUCGAAAAUAUUGGUUAAAAAUUUUGUUUGAUAAAAAAUUAAUAAAAUUGGGAUUUUAA